AUGGCUGCAGCAGCCUCGUCGUCAGUGAGUUUGAAGCUUUUGAUCGACACCAAAAGCCGCAAAGUCCUAUUUGCCGAAGCUAAUAAAAGCACAGUUGAUUUCCUUUUCCAUGUCCUGUCCUUGCCAGUGGGAACUGUUAUAAGGCUUCUGGGCAAGCAAGGAAUGGUAGGUUGCCUGGCCAACCUAUACGAGAGCAUUGAGAGUCUAGACGAAACUUAUAUACAACCCAACCAGAGCAAAGACACCCUUCUCAAGCCAAGAGCCCCUUCUUCCGCUGCUGCUUCUAUUCCUCUCUUGUCCCUCAACGAUGGAUUAACCGGAACUGUCUUCUACAGGUGCGGCCAUCGUCACGAUUGCAACUUUGCGUCUGAUGACCCCAAGGCGAUAUGUCCCCGGUGCAAGAAAGCCAUGACAAUCAGAAUGACAUAUGUUGCUCCCCCAGCAGCGUUCAAUGUGAAGGAAGUUGGAGCCCUGGAGGAGAAGGUGGUGAUUCUUGGCAUGAAUGAGGCUUUGAUGUUGCUCAAGGCGUCUUUGGAGUCCAAGACGGUGCUCACAAAUGUCUUCCUGAAGAACAUGGAAAAUGAAUAUGCUCUUACUUUUGUCAAGGGGGUGGUGACAUAUAUGGCUAUGGACGACAUGGGAGGUGGAGCCCUUGAAGAAAAGGUGGUGAAUCUGGGGAUGAAUGAGGCAGUCAUCAUGGGAUCCUCCAAGAUAAGCUUGAAACUUUUGAUCGACACCAAUAACAACCAAGUUCUGUUCGCAGAAGCCGGGAAAAACUUCGUAGAUUUCCUUCUUCAUAUCCUCUCCUUGCCAUUGGGUACUGCUACAAGGCUUCUCCGCAAGCAAGAGACCAUUGGUUCCCUGGAAAAUCUGUACCGUAGCAUCGAAAAUCUUGAUGAAGCCUACAUCCAGCCAAACCAAAACAAAGACAUCUUGCUACGUCCAAAACCACCUGCCGGCGCUCCGGUCACCCUCUUGGCGCUCGAGGAUUCGCGGAAACCGGAGAUAACACAGGGCAAAGCAUUUUAUAGGUGCGGCAGUAAUUGUUCCAGGAAUGUGACCGAUGACCCUCGAGCUGUUUGCCCCAAUUGCAGGUGCACCAUGAAUUCGGCCAUGAACUAUGUAGUUCCCCCACAAACUUCGGACAGUAAAGAAGGCGGAUUUGUGAAGGGGGCGGCGACUUACAUGAUCACGGACGACUUGGAGUUGAAGCCCAUGUCUGCCAUUUCCAGCAUUGCUCUGCUUAACGAGCUUAAUGUCAAGAAUCUAAGCGCCCUCAAAGAAAAGGAAGUGGAUCUUAGCAUGAAUGAGGCCUUGAAGCUGCUUCAGGCGUCUUUGGAGUCCAAGACGGUGCUUACCAGUGUCUUCUUGGAUGUCAAAUCUGAAAUUCCAUGAGAACCGUCUAGUGUUUCACUUUUGGAUAUCAAUUUUAUGUUGGAAUCAGUGACUAUUUUGAUCCUUUUUUGCUUAAUUAAGGUACCAAUUCUAAAUGAUCACUACCACUGGUAUGUAAUUCAUUUCAUCCUAA